AUGACCUCAUGAAAUUGAUGGCAGAUGACAUAAUUCAGCAAAUAGUGGAUAAUGUAAAAAGUAGUCCCUUUUUUGCUGUGCUGGCAGAUGAAGUAAGAGAUGUAAGUGGGUGGGAGCAGUUGGCAGUGUCUCUUAGAUACAUGAAGGACAACAAGGCAGAAGAGAAGUUGAUUAAGUUCAUUGCUUGCAGCUCUGGGACAGGUAGUAGCAUCUGUGCUGAGAUACGGAAUGCCUUGAAGAAGCUUGGUCUUGAUGAAACACGUUGUCGAGCCCAGGCCUAUGAUGGUGCUGGUGCUAUGUCUGGCCACCUUAACGGUUGCCAGAAGAAUUUUCGAGACCAUGUACCCCGGGCACAGUACUAUCACUGCUGCAGUCACCAACUGAACUUGGCGUUGACAAAGUCUUGUAAUGUGUCUGAAGUUCACUGCAUGCUUUCCGACUUGAAGGCUGUUGGGCUCUUCUUCAAGUACUCCCCAAAACGGCAACGUACAUUAGAGCAGAGUGUUGAACAAGAAAACACCAAGCGGACAUCUGCCGGUGAAAAGCCAAUCAGAGCUCAGAAGCUAAAGCUACUGUGUGAAACUCGCUGGGUAGAACGGCAUACUGCCUUAAAAGACUUCAGAGAUAUGUACUUUGCCUUAGUCCACUACCUCCAAGUUAUUUCAGGCCAGAUCAUUGCCACUCCAACUGCUGCCUCUAAGUACGAUGCGAAGUCUGUCACUGAGGCAAAUGGCCUCCUCCGCUCGAUAACGUCAGAUUCAUUCAUCGUAGCUCUGCACUGCUGCACAUAUCUGUUCGGUUACACAAAGUGUCUGAGUGUUCUACUGCAAGGAUCGCAAUUGGAUGUGCUGGAGGCAUAUGGUGAAAUCAACCAAGUUCUAGGUCUGUUAGAAGAGAUCAGAAGUAACAGUGAGAGAGAAUUCUCUUCAAUUUUCGCCUCUGCAUCAGCAGUUACAUCCCGUGUCUUAGACCAAGACCAUCCACAAGUUCCUCGCUUAGCUGCACGACAGACACUACGCAGCAAUCAUCCUGCAUCAACUCCAGAGAGCUACUGGCGGAGAGCUGUCUUCAUUCCAUUCAUUGACAGCAUGAUCAGUGAACUUGGCAGUAGGUUCACUGACAUGAGCCAUGCAUCAGUGCAAGGACUGCUGCUCCUGCCAAAACACUGCCAGAGCCUCACUCCUCACCACCAGACAGCUAUCCUGAAGGCUUAUGCUCCAGAUUUGCCUGAUGACUCAACUUUCGAGGCCGAGAUACGCCGAUGGAAGAGGAAGUGGGAGUAUGCAGGUGCUGCUACCUUACCAACCGGUGUUACAGAGACGCGGGUGCUGUGAAUGAAGUGGCAUAUCCCAACAUUGUCUGCAUUCUUCGCCUGUUGUUGAUAAUACCCGUCACCACAGCCACAGUUGAAAGAGCGAACUCUGCACUAAAGCUGAUCAAAACAGACCUGCUUAGCACGAUGGCACAAGACAGGCUAAAUGCGCUAGUGCUCAUGUUUGUCCACAAGGACUUGUCUGUCAACCAUGAGCGUGUGAUAGACUCUUUUGCGAAGGCAUAUCCGAGACGCUUGCUGUUCCUGGAUCCAACUGCUACAACAGAAGAAGCACAAUCACAGUGACGGUGACAUUGUUUUCAGUGAUGGUUGUAUUGUCGGUCCAUCAGAUUUCUUCUUCAGUUCUGAAUCAGUGAUGUUACUUUUCCACACUCCUCUGUUUUCUGAUGUUAUAUAUCAACCUGUUUUGCAUGUGUUGAGUAAAGUGAAAUAUAGUUAUAAUAUGAAAAUAUCACAAACUCGACCUCAUUUGAACUGAUGACUAUAAGAUAUUCCUAGAGGGCCAGCUGCGAAAAUGUUGAACAUGGACACGUGACUAACUGGUGACGUCAUUACCGAACCUGACAGACCGCGCCUGUACCUGGUGAGAA